UAUAUUUUCACGAAUAAUUUUUACCUUUUAUACAUCAUAAAUCAAUUUUGAAAAUGGUGCUUGCCUAAAAGUACCUGCUAAAUAUGACGUCACGGAAACGUCCAAGGAUUUCCCAUGGUUGCAAAAGAAAAACUUUCUCAAGAAAAACGGCAAUAUCACACAAAAGACAAUAUGGAUGUAAUUAAUGGAAAAUCAUAUAAGCCUGAAAUAUCCCCAGAAAUUGACACUAGCAUUCAAAGGUCUUCAAAUAGUCUCCUAGAAGUUAUCAAGUCACUUUUAAGUGGCAAACCAGCUUUGUUAGCACGGACAUUUCAGUCUGUAGCAAAACCACCUAUUGGCAAGAAUGGCUUGAGACUCUUACAAUGGAAUAUAUUAGCCCAAGGUUUAUGCAUGGGAAAAGACAACUUUGUGCGAUGCCCUCUUGAAGCUCUUGACUGGGGCACUAGGAAACUACGUAUAGUUGAGGAAAUACUUCAGUACGACCCUGAUGUCAUAUGUAUGCAGGAGGUCGACCACUUUGGUUAUUUAGAAAAUAUAUUGCAGUCAGUUGGCUUCACAGGAACAUUCUAUCCAAAACCUGAUUCGCCAGCACUUUAUGUCGAGAAUUCCAAUGGGCCUGAUGGAUGCGCCAUAUUUUAUAGAACAGAGAAAUUUGAAUUAGUUGAGACUUGCACAAAGAUAUUGAUGACAAAUGAUGAAAAUAUGACCACAAAUCAAGUUUGUGUAUUAAAUAAAUUGCAACAUAAAGGAAAUUCCAGUGAUGCAUUCUGGGUAGCAACAACACAUUUGAAAGCAAAAUCAGGAUGGAAUGACUUACGUGAAAGCCAAGGUCGUUAUCUGUUGAAAUACCUCAAGGAAAUUGUUGGCCAGUCACCUUUGAUAGUUUGUGGCGAUCUCAAUGCACCUCCCACUGAAAAGGUUUACGAGGCUUUCUCAAGCAGUGAUCUUGAAUUACAAAGUGCUUACAAAGUAGCUAAUGGAGGUAAACAGGAACCAUUGUACACGACGUGGAAGAUCCGUGGUGGUAAAGGUGACACAUUAGAAGAAUCCUGUAGAACUAUUGACUAUGUGUGGUUUAACAACAAGUGCCAGCUUAAUGCAGUGCUGAACUUCCCAUCUGGGGAAGAGAUAGGUGUAGAGAGACUUCCCUCUUUUAAGUAUCCAUCCGACCAUCUUUCUUUAGUAUGUGACUUCUCCAUCUGAGAGGGCAAAUAGGUGUAUUAAGAUAAUCAGAUGAUGUAACAAUGCUGAAAUCAAAUUAACUAGUGAAGGAAUACAAAGACACGCACAAAUCAUUCUUGAUUUGAUUUCCUUGCUUCAUUUAAGUAUUGUAUUUAACACUCAGUUUGCAGUGUGGUGAGAUUGUAUCAUUUCUAACCUUGUUUCUUGCUCAGGGAGUUAUGUUCACUGCCUCUGAACUUUAUCUUUUUCAUAAAAAAAAUGCAAUUCAGGAUCUUAAGAGGGUGGGUGAUACCAGAGUGAAUAAAAAUUUUAAAAAAUACCAUGGGAUUGGUUGGUAAUAUUGUUAGGGGAUUUAGCGGAGUUGGACAGCUCAUUUUCGUGACAUCAUGUAAAGGUACAUCUCAAGUACUAAUUUUAAAUCAUGCAAAUUACAAAUUCUCUUAUACAAGUCUUAUAUGAUCACUUGAUGAUGUAGUAUUCACAUUCAUGUACAUUCUGUGUUAAUGUAUCAUGUUCAUAGAUGUUCUUUUUACGUUCUUCUUAUGUUCAUAA